CUUAAAACAAGAAAAUAAAGAGAACAAAAGCAAGUAAGGAGAAAUAUAUCUUGGUGAAAAAUAUGAUAAGUACUACACCUCAUUCUAUUUGGUUGUGGAUGAUGACGAUGGUAAUGUCAGUGUUGAUGAAUGAAAUGUAUUGUCGUGGGUGUUGGGAGCAAGAAAGGAUCGCUCUGCUGCAUCUCAAAGCUUCCAUCAACUACCCCAAUGGCAACUCUUUGCCUUCUUGGGUGGAUAAUAAAUCAUCCAAUUGCUGUCAAUGGGAAAGAGUUGAAUGCAGCAACACUUCAAGCCGAGUCAUUCAACUCUCUCUUAAUCAAACAAGAGAUUGGGAAUCUAGAAAAGAUUGGUAUUUCAAUACUUCUUUGCUUCUUCCCUUUAAAGAGAUCAAGACUCUUGAAUUAAGUGGCAAUGCAUUAGUCGAUUGGGUUGAGAAUGAAGGUUUUGAAAAACUUUCUACGUUGACCAAUUUUGAAGUUCUUGAUUUGAGUGAUAAUUGGAUUAAUAACUCCAAAAUUCUAAAAUUUAUUGGUGGAAUUCCAUCUUUAAAGUCUCUAAAUCUUGGAGAAAAUAGAUUGGGAAGCUCGGUUGAUUUGACAAGUUUUGAAAAAUUUUCUACGCUAACCAAUCUUGAAGUUCUUGAUUUGAGUUUCACUUGGAUUAAUAAUUUCGAAAUUCUAGAAUUUAUUGGUGGAAUUUCAUCUUUAAAGUCUCUAAAUCUUGGAGGUAAUAGCUUGGGAAGCUCAGUUAAUUUGACAAGUUUCAAAAAAUUUUCUAUGUUGACCAAUCUUGAAAUUCUUGAUUUGAAUGAUAACAACAUGAGUAACUCCAAAAUGCUAGAAUUUAUUGGCGGAAUUUCAUCUUUAAAGUCUCUAAAUCUUGGAAUGAAUUACUUGGGAAGCUUGGUUGAUUUGACAAGUUUCAAAAAAUUUUCUACAUUGACCAAUCUUGAAGUUCUCGAUUUGAGUUUAAAUCGAAUUAACAAUUUUGAAAUUUUAGAAUUUAUUGGUGGAAUUUCAUCUUUAAAGUCUCUAAAUCUUGGAAAUUGCUUAAACUCGGUUAAUUUCACAAGUUUCAAAAAAUUUUCUAUGUUAACUAAUCUUAAAGUUCUUGAUUUGAGUUCUAACGGCAUCAAUAACUCCAAAAUUCUAGAAUUUAUUGGUGGAAUGUCAUCUUUAAAGUCUCUAAAUCUUCAAUACAAUAGCUUGGGAAGCUCGGUUGAUUUGACAAGUUGGAACCAACAAUCAAAAUUGAAGAAUCUAGAAGUUCUUGAUUUAUCUUAUAAUUUCAUAACCAACAUCCUAUGGUCUUCUUUUAAAGAAUUUUCCUCGUUGAAAAUAUUGGAUUUGUCUUGGAACUACAUGAACGAAAGUAUUUCUAUUCAAGACUUAGAAAACGUGAGCCACUUGGAAGAAUUGUACUUGGACAGUGCUACCCUACCUAAUGAUUUUCUUUCAAACAUUGGUGUCAUGACUUCACUUCAAGUUUUGUCAUUGACUUCGUCAGGACUCAUUGGGACCCUCCCCUCUCAUCAAGGUUUGUGUGAAUUGAAGACUCUUCAAGAGAUUGACUUGAACUCUAAUGGAUUAAGGGGUCACUUGCCUUGGUGCUUGGGAAACUUAACAUCUCUUAGAUUUCUAGAUAUCUCUCGCAACCAGUUAACUGGGAACAUUGCAUUGUCUCCUCUUGCCAAUAUCAUAUCCUUAGAAUAUCUUAUGCUUUCAAAUAACAAAUUUCUAGUCCCAAUCUCAUUCAAGUCAUAUUACAACCUCUCCAAACUUAUGGUCCUGGAAAGUGUCAACAACAUUCUUUUGAAAGAAGAGGACAUUCUUGGCUCAGCCCCAAGUUUCCAAUUGGUUCGAAUCCAUCUUUCUAGUUCUGAACAUGGGAGAAACACUUCGAUGUCUCUGCCCAAAUUUUUCUACUAUCAAAAUCAACUCAAAAUGGUUAAGCUCUCUGGAUUUGAUUUUGGAGGAACAUUCCCAAGGUGGUUGUUGGAGAAUAAUACUAGACUACUAACACUUACCCUAACAAAGAAUUUAAUUUCUAAACCUUUCCAAUUGCCCUCAUCUCCAAUGACAGAACUUGUAACAUUAGAUAUCUCCAACAAUAAUUUUUGUGGUGCCAUCCCAUACAAGAUUGGUAGUUCUUUCCCCAAGUUAAAAUUGCUAAACAUGUCUAGAAAUAACUUUGAAGGCAUGAUUCCAUCUUCAUUAGGUGACAUAACCUCUCUAUCUAUUCUAGACUUGUCAAAUAACCAAUUAUCCAAUAAAAUUCCUGUACAUUUAGCAAUAGGUUGUAGCUCCUUGGAAGUGCUAAAACUAUCAAGCAACAACUUGACAGGCCCUAUACUACCCCCUCAAAAUAACUUGCCAAACUUACGGCUGUUGCUUUUGGAUGAUAAUAAGUUCACAGAAAUCCCACACUACUUAUCCAACAGUAGUGGCUUGCAAAUGUUGAAUCUUAGCCAUAAUCAUCUUGGAGGUAUGUUUCCUGUUGAGUUUUGUCAAUUUGAUGGACUACAACUAUUGGAUCUUUCUGAUAACAAUUUCACUGGGACAAUACCAUCUUGCUUCAAUGUGAAAAACCUAGAGCAAAUUCAUCUAUCCAAUAAUAUGCUAAAUGGACCAUUUCCUGAGGUGUUUCAUCGAUUAAUAAACAACUUAAAAUUAAUAGAACUUUCAAAUAACCAUUUUAAUGGCAGCAUUCCAAAUUGGAUCGACAGUCUUUCAUGGUUAAGAAUUCUUAUCUUGAAAAAUAACCACUUUGAAAAUAAUAUCCCAUAUCAAAUUUGCCACUUGUCUAGAUUAACCUUGAUUGAUCUUUCUUCCAAUAAGUUUUCGGGCAACAUUCCUAGUUGCUUCAAUAAUAUCCCAUUUGAUAUAGAAAAGGAAUUAGAAGUGUUGACUCUUUCAAUUAUUCUAAUUGUGGAAGCACCCUUGAAGUCUAACCUAAAGAUUUAUAGUCAUCGUGGUUACUCAAUGCUUGGUAUCACAGACGACAUCUUUCCCGCAAAUCAAACAUUUUUCUCAUUACAAGUGGAGUUCACAACCAAAGGAAUGGCCUUGCUCUUCACAGGAGAGCCUUUGUUACUUUUUUCAGCAAUUGAUCUAUCCAACAACAAAUUAGUUGGCCACAUACCACUUGAAAUUGGCAACCUUAGCAAAAUCAAAGCACUGAACCUUUCCUACAACAACCUGAUUGGAGGAAUCCCCACAACAUUUUCCAAGUUACAGAAUAUAGAGAGUUUGGAUCUUUCUCACAAUAACUUAAAUGGGAAUAUCCCCUCUCAGCUUACUGAUCUAUACUCACUGGUGACGUUCAAUGUGUCUUACAACAACUUUAGUGGAAGGAUACCUCAAGCAACAAACCAAUUUGGAACUUUCGACUCAAGUAGCUAUAUUGAGAAUCCAUUUCUUUGUGGAGAACCAUUACCAAAUAAUUGCAUUGAUUCACCUCCAUUAGUUCCAUCAGCCAAUAAUAAUGCAAGUCAUGUGGUAUCAAACUUUAUCGAUAUGAACACUUUUUAUACAAGCUUUGUAGGGUCUUACAUAGCUAUUUUACUAGCUAUUGCGGUAAUUUUGUAUAUAAAUCCACAUUGGAGACGGGCAUGGUUCCAUGUUAUUGAGGUUUUCAUCAUCUCUAGCUACUACUUUGUUGUGGAUCAUAUGUAGAGAAUCAAAGUUGGUUUCCUUAGUAGAUAUUGAUAAUCACCCUGGUCAAGUAAUAUUGUUGUUGUAUGUAUAUCCUACUGGACUUCUUUGUUAAGUAGUUUGUUGUUAUAAUAAUGUUAUCAAUGCACUUGUUGUUAGUAUGAUAUAGGCUCUCAUAAAUUAUCAAAA